CUCGCGAGAACAACGCAAUUUCGCCGAGCGUUGGUUCUGACUCUAGUCUCUGUUAUUAGCCGUCAGAGUCUCUUCUCUAUGGAGGCGACUGUCUCCAUAACUAAAAGCGAGUGUGCCGAGCUGUGUGCGGGCAUUGAGGGCGAGCCGUACAGCGUCUCGGUGUUGAAGGAAGGCUACUGCACUGCCCAGCCUGACGGGACCUUCCGGGCCGACGGUACCAUCUCCUUAGUGAGGGGACCGAAGACCGUGUUAGUGGACACUGGCGGGCCGUGGGACCGGGAGCUGCUGCUCUCAGAGCUGAAGGAGAGAGGCCUCAGCCCGGCCGAUGUGACUGUGGUGGUGGGCACUCACGGACACUCCGACCACAUCGGCAAUCUCAAUCUGUUCCCACGAGCUACUGUGAUCGUGGGCUGUGAUAUCAGCGAGGGGGACCGGUACCUCCCCAACCAGCUCGCUGAAGGCCAGCCGUACCGCUUAGACGAGCAUGUGUCGGUCAUCCCCACACCCGGCCACACGGGCAGAGACGUCAGCGUCCAAGUUAAAGGAACCUCAGUGGGGACGGUUCUGAUAGCUGGGGACUUGUUUGAGUGCUGUGCUGAUGAAGACUCCUGGAGGGAGCUGAGCGAGAACCCGGAGGUGCAGGAGGUCGGCCGACAGAAGGCUCUGAGGGAAGCUGAUGUCAUCAUUCCUGGACAUGGACGCCUGUUCAGAGUGCACAGGGCGCCACUGAACUGACCAGAGAGGACUGAUCUGAGUCGUGAGAGUGGCUGAGAGCCGAAAUUCAACAGUAUUUUGACACCCACUGAAUUACUACAUCAGUACUGGAUGGCCGGUACCACAACACCACCCUACCACAGUCAUUAAAAGGGCCCAUAUCACGGAAAACAGUCUUCCUAAUUGUUUUGAAAUAAAACAGACAGAUGUAUUUAAAUACUGUUGAAGAAACAUACAAUUCAUUUCCAUAUAUGGAAAGUAAGCUGCAAUUUCCUGAAUUCACCGUUUCUGUGAUGUCACAACAAAUGAUUGAAAGCUCCAGAGAAAACGUGGCUCCUAACAACCACCUGGAGGACCUGCUACACACCAAAACUGUCCCCAUCAGAUGAACAGCACUGAAAGCUUUCAUCUCUGAGAGAGAGGAGAAAAUCAAGCUGCUUUACAUCUGAAAACAUCCACAGGUGUUUCUGUCCAUCCUUCCACUGUGAGAAGACCACUCAGCCCUGUGGGUCUGAAAGAAUGUGUCUCCUGAAUAGAAUAGAAGCUGAUACACUAAAGUGGACACACCAAGUGCUGAAAAAUGUGCUUAUAUUUAGUUGUUGAGGCUUUUCUGUAAUAAUUUUGUUAAAUUUUAUUUCUGCUUUUUUCGGACAUUAAAAAACUAAUAACUUGUGUGGUUUUGUCUGGAAAUUAAGCAAAUGACUGAACUGCCAGUAUCACGUCUCAAAACGUCCCAAGCCAGCAGUGAUGUACAAAUACACAGACAGAAGUAAAUCAGUGUUUUCAGGUUUGGGUCUCUAGUAAAAUACGUCACAGAUGACUGUAACCUCUGCAGUGCUGCUGUCUAAAUUUAACACAUUGACAAAAUUCAAAUAUAAAAUGUGUCAACUUUUGUACAGACCAUGUUUAGUGUUUAUAAAUAAACAGCAAUUGUGCAUUAAAAUGUG